CGUGAUCAGGCUAAAUCUGGAUCUAAAUGCUUUAACCAAAGGUUAUUGAGAAGCUCUAGUAUCUUUGGCUUUAACUACUAAUAUAAUUCCACAUCAAAGCUAUGGGACAUUAAAUGAAGAUCUCUUCUAACUCCAAGGCUACAUAAAACAUCCUGCAUCACUAUUGCAACAGAUGUCUUUGAGCAAGGUUUCCUCUUGGAACAGCAUCACUGAAAAAGAGAUUAUCUGAUCAGCAUCAUCACAUUCUGUUUACGCAUUGCCCAUCCUAAAAUAACACAAUUACUGUAUCUGUGGAAUUACAAACAUUUUGGGCCACUCGGCACUUUCACAGAUGAAGCAUUCAAUGAACAGGUUUCAAUGUCACCAAGCUUGGGUUCAGAUGGAAGUCACAUGACCAGCUCGGCACCGAGCAUGCCCGAACUAGCUCAGAGUGGAGCUUAAUACAAGAGCUGGGAGAACACGGAGCUUGAGAUUCAUCCCUGUCCGCCUGCCUCUUGCUUCUGCCUCCUUGCUCCUGUCUCUCUGGUGGCCACGGUGCUGCAAGCCAGCACACCAACCGGCAUAGAACAAAAUCCGCAUCGUUCACAGAAUUUGAGAAAAGUUUGGCCAUUGUAACGGAGGCAACAGAGUGCUGGCGAUCGUUUGGAAGGUCUCUCCUUCUCCCGUCGUAACCCAUCUCCAGCAUGGAGGGCUGGCAUCUAGUCCUAGUGCAGGCACGACUCUGAAUUGCACAAAUGGCUGGGAACAGUUCAGAGCGAGGAGCAGCAUGUCUCACGAGGCUUUCCCCGAUUGUCUGGCGCUUCCCACACUCCAGCCUAAAAGGAUGGUCAGGAGGCAAGCAAAGCUGCCAACAGGACAUCAAAGGUCAGUACUGGACUGAUGAGGAUUCUGAUGGGGAUAAUGAUUCCGAUGAGUUUCUGUAUGGUGUGCAGGGGAGCUGUGCGGCUGAUCUAUACCGACACCCACAGCUCGAUGCAGACAUUGAGGCGGUGAAGGAAAUUUAUGGAGAGAAUUCUGUCUCUGUCAGAGAAUAUGGAACGAUUGAUGAUGUGGAUGUGGACCUCCACAUUAACAUGAGCUUUCUUGAUGAAGAGAUUGCAACGGCUUGGAAGGUAGUGAGAAUAGAGCCCAUUAUACUCAGACUGCGAUUCUCUCUGUCCCAGUACCUAGAUGGACCUGAGCCAUCGGUAGAUGUUUUCCAGCCAUCCAACAAGGAAGGAUUUGGUCUGGGAUUACAACUAAAGAAAAUUGUGGGAAUGUUUACAUCUCAGCAGUGGAAGCACCUCAACAAUGACUUCCUGAAGCACCAGCAGGAGAAGAGGCAGAGUUGGUUCAAACCCAGCGGCGCGGUGAAGAAAUUCCGAUCAGGCCUCAGCAUCUUCUCUCCCAUCCCAAAAUCUCCAAGCUUUCCUCUCAUACAGGAUUCUGUACUAAAGAGUAAACUUGGGGUUCCCGAUCUCCGGGUCAAUCGUAUUAUUAACCGUUCCAUCUCUUGCACUAUGAAGACCCCCAAGCCUGAGCUCUUUGGAUACCCCUCUGCAAAUCAAACUGGGAGUCAUUGUAAGAACAUUCCAACGUUAGAGUAUGGCUUUCUCGUACAGACUAUAAAGUAUGCAGAGCAAAGGAUCCCCACUUUGAACGAAUACUGCGUUGUAUGUGAUGAACAACAUGUCUUUCAGAAUGGCUCAAUGCUGAAGCCUGCUGUGUGCACACGGGAACUCUGUGUUUUCUCAUUCUACACACUGGGAGUGAUGUCUGGAGCAGCGGAAGAGGUGGCCACAGGAGCAGAGGUGGUGGACCUGCUGGUGGCCAUGUGUCGAGCUGCUCUGGAGUCCCCGAGAAAAAGCAUCAUCUUUGAGCCUUACCCUUCUGUCGUGGACCCCAGUGAUCCCAAGACCCUCGCGUUCAAUCCCAAGAAGAAGAACUACGAGCGACUGCAAAAAGCCUUGGAUAGUGUAAUGUCGAUUAGAGAAAUGACACAGGGAUCGUACCUGGAAAUUAAAAAGCAAAUGGACAAGCUGGAUUCUUUGGCUCACCCAUUGUUGCAAUGGAUAAUCUCAAGCAACAGAUCCCAUAUUGUGAAGCUGCCGCUCAGCAGACAGUUAAAAUUCAUGCACACAUCACAUCAGUUUCUCCUGCUGAGCAGCCCGCCCGCCAAGGAGGCUCGCUUCCGCACAGCCAAGAAACUCUACGGAAGCACCUUCGCCUUUCACGGCUCACAUAUUGAGAACUGGCAUUCGAUUCUGAGGAAUGGCCUGGUCAACGCAUCUUACACUAAAUUACAACUGCACGGUGCAGCCUAUGGCAAAGGCAUCUAUCUCAGCCCCAUCUCCAGCAUUUCAUUCGGUUACUCAGGAAUGGGCAAAGGGCAACAUCGCAUGCCGUCCAAGGACGAGUUGGUACUUCGCUACAACAGGAUGAACACGAUUCCCCAGACAAGACCCAUUCAAUCCAGAUUCUUACAGAGUCGAAACUUGAAUUGUAUAGCACUUUGUGAAGUUAUAACUUCAAAAGACCUCCAGAAACACGGGAACAUUUGGGUCUGCCCUGUCUCGGACCACGUCUGCACUCGUUUCUUUUUUGUGUAUGAAGACGGACAAGUUGGUGAUGCCAACAUCAAUACUCAGGACCCCAAAAUCCAGAAGGAGAUUAUGCGUGUCAUUGGCACUCAGGUUUAAACCAGCCAAACUUUGCAGAGUACCGACAGAACGAUCUAAAAGAUGCCCUCCACAGAUCUGAGACCCACCUCAAUCAUUUCCCAACCUUCCUUCCCUGGGCUUUCGCAAGAAUUCUUUAUAAAUAUUUUCAGCAGGAAAGGUUUUUAAAGCCAGAACAAAAGAGAAAUCAAACAUCGUUUAUCUCAAACCAUGCAUCAGUGCUGUAAUGGUGUUAUGAUACAUGUAUAUAUAUUUAAAUAUAUAUAUAUAGAAUGUGCUUUUUUGUAUGACUGUAUUGUGUAUGUUUGACAAGAAAAUGUCAUCAGUUUCAUUAAAUUAUAUGUAUGAAAAAUAAAUAUUUUGCACAAUUA